AUUAGUCAACGUUUUGUAUUAACUUCCCCGAUGGAAAAGGGCUUCUCGUUGGUGCCUAAAGAAGAGGAUGAAGAAGGAGAAGAUUAUAGAAAUGAGAAAUCUGAAGAUCAGACGAGUUAUUACUUGUCAACAGAGAUGAUGAAGAAGGUAAGCUCCAUGGCUGCUCCAAUGGUGGCUGUGGCUGCUUCUCAGUACCUCCUUCAAGUUAUCUCCAUUGUUAUGGCUGGUGCGUUAGAGACUCUGUGUGGUCAAGCUUUUGGAGCAGAUCAAUUUAGGAAAGUCAGUGCAUAUACUUACGGCUCAAUGCUAUGUCUUCUCUUGUUCUGUUUCCCAGUCUCACUUCUGUGGGUUUUUAUGGACAAACUCUUGGAGCUUUUCCAUCAAGAUCCUCUCAUUUCUCAGUUAGCUUGUAGAUAUUCUAUCUGGCUCAUACCGGCUUUAUUUGGAUACUCUGUUCUUCAAUCUAUGACUCGGUUUUUCCAGUCACAAGGAUUGGUUCUUCCUCUCUUCUUGAGCUCUCUCGGAGCUCUCUGUUUUCACAUUCCCUUUUCGUGGCUUCUUGUCUAUAAACUUAGAUUUGGAAUCGUCGGCGCUGCUUUGUCCAUAGGUUUUUCGUAUUGGCUCAACGUAGUUUUGCUUUGGGUUUUCAUGAGAAACUCUGCUCUGUAUCGCGAAAACUGGAAUCUUCGGGUGCAAGAAAUCUUUUUGAGCAUGAAGCAGUUCAUUACCCUCGCAAUUCCCUCUGCGAUGAUGACUUGCCUGGAAUGGUGGUCGUUUGAGCUUCUUAUACUAAUGUCAGGACUCUUACCAAACUCAAAGCUCGAAACAUCAGUCCUGUCUAUUUGCCUAACAAUGUCGUCUCUCCAUUUCGUUCUGGUGAAUGCAAUAGGAGCAGCCGCGAGCACACACGUCUCAAACAAUCUCGGAGCUGGAAAUCCAAAGGCAGCUCGAGCCGCGGCUAAUUCUGCGAUUUUUCUUGGCAUGAUUGAUGCAGCCAUAGUAAGCAUCACCCUCUACUGCUACCGAAGAAAUUGGGCUUAUAUAUUCAGUAAUGAGAGUGAAGUAGCUGACUAUGUAACUCAAAUCACACCCUUUCUCUGCCAAUCAAUUGGUGUUGACAGCUUUCUCGCCGUACUCUCAGGAGUUGCUAGAGGAACAGGGUGGCAACAUAUUGGAGCUUAUGCAAACAUAGGAUCAUAUUAUCUGGUCGGGAUCCCGGUAGGUUCAAUCUUGUGUUUCGUUGUGAAAUUGAGAGGGAAAGGACUUUGGAUCGGUAUAUUGAUUGGCUCUACUUUACAAACGAUUGUUCUUGCUCUUGUCACUUUCUUCACCAAUUGGGAACAAGAGGCAGUGAAGGCUCGAGACAGAGUAAUCGAGAUGACAUCACAAGGCAACCAAGUAACAGAAAUGAUAUUAAAAGAGGAUGUACAAGGUUUAUUAAAAUAUAUUUCAGAAAAUGUGUAAAAACAUUGAACUUUAAGUACAUAUGAUGGUCCGGUUAAUUUUUGGGUAUCCGAAUUUUGUUUUAUUUGUCAAAUUUAGUGGAUGUUGAAUAACAUGUUUACACUUCU